CGACGUCGUUUUAGUUUUUUAAAAGCUCAACGUCCCUCACUCAUCCCACGCCCAGGUCGCAGGCUACAACCUCCCUGACCAUGCACCAUCACCACCGCCGCCUCGCCACUGCACACGGCGGCCGCCUCUUCUCCACCCGCCUGUUCGCAACCAAACACAGAGGUCAUGUCGUCUUUGAAGCGCCCAAAUUCCGGCUGCUCAACACUCGCCAUUUCGGAACCAAAUACAGCGGCAGGGUCGUGAGAGAAACCUCGGACCGUCGUUCCGUUGCCGUCCGAGUCGAAGCCACCGGCAUCCUCCCCACUGACGUCCGAGGCUACCCCCUCCCUCGACGCGACCUCAUCUGCAAAGUCACCAAACUCCUCCACUCUUCCUCCGACCCUUUCCCCGACCUUUCGGAAUACCUCCAAACCCUAAACCUAACCAUAACCCCUUCUGAAGCCUCCGAAAUCCUCAAAUGCCUAAACCACCCCCACCUCUCCCUCGAAUUCUUUCGAUUUUGCUCCUCCAAUAUCCCUAAAUUCCAGCACAAUUCCUUCACCUACAAUCGCCUCCUCGUCAUCCUCUCCAAACCCUCAGCCCUCCGCGAUUCCGAACGCCUUGAUCUCAUCCGUGCGAUCCUUGACGACAUGGAACGCUGCGGUGUGCGUGGCAGCAUCUCCACCAUCAAUAUCUUGAUUGGUAUUUUUGGUGGAGGCGCUGAUGUUGAGAGGUGUUUUGAUUUGGUGAAAAAGUGGGACUUGCAAAUGAAUUGUUACACCUAUAAAUGCCUUCUUCAGGCGCACUUGAGAUCGAACAAUUCGAACAAGGCUUUUGAAGUUUAUGUCGAAUUGCGGCGCCGCGGUUAUAAAUUGGAUUUCGCCUAUAAUAUGCUUUUGGAUGCCCUCGCCAAGGAUAACAAGGUUGACCAGGUCUACAUGGUUUUUAAAGACAUGAAAAGAAAACAUUGUGAGCCUGAUGAAUAUACAUACACUAUCAUGAUCAGAAUGACUGGAAAGAUUGGGAAAGCUGAUGAAUCGCUGACACUCUUUCAGGAAAUGACAGAAAAGGGCUACGCUCCUAAUUUAAUUGCUUAUAACACAAUGAUCCAGGCACUUGCUAAUAACCGGAUGGUUGAUAAGACAAUUUUCCUCUUCUCUAAAAUGGUGGAGAACAAUUGUCGGCCCAAUGGAUUUACAUUCAGUGUGAUACUAAAUGUUUUAGUUGCAGAAGGGCAACUUGGAAGACUAGAUGAGGUUGUGGAAGUAUCCAACAAAUUCAUGAAUAAGUCAAUAUACGCCUAUCUUGUGAGGACUUUGAGCAAAUUGGGUCAUGCAAGUGAGGCUCACCGGCUGUUUUGCAAUAUGUGGAGCUUCCAUGAUGAGGGAGAUCGGGAUGCUUACAUGUCCAUGUUGGAGAGUCUAUGUGAUGCAGGUAAAACAACAGAAGCCUUGGACUUGCUGAGUAAGAUCCAUGAGAAGAGAAUAAGUACUGAUACUGUCAUGUAUAACACAGUUUUGUCAGCUCUUGGCAAGUUAAAAAAAAUAUCAGAUCUUCAUGAUCUAUAUGAAAAGAUGAAACAGGAUGGACCCUCACCAGACAUAUUUUCCUACAAUAUUCUGAUCUCCAGCUUUGGAAGGGCUGGAAGAGUUGAAGAGGCUGUAAAAAUUUUCGAAGAACUUGAGAAUAGCAGUUGUAAACCUGAUAUUAUCUCUUUUAAUUCUUUGAUUAAUUGCCUUGGGAAAAAUGGUGAUAUUGAUGAAGCUCACAUGAGGUUCAAGGAGAUGCGAGAGGAGGGAUUGAGUCCAGAUGUUGUCACAUAUAGCACACUCAUUGAGUGCUUUGGCAAGACAGAUAAAGUUGAGAUGGCUUGCAGGUUGUUUGAUGAGAUGCUUGCUGAAGGUUGUUCCCCUAACAUUGUAACUUACAAUAUUUUACUCGAUUGUCUCGAGAGGUCUGGGAGAACUGCUGAAGCAGUGGAUCUAUAUGCAAAACUAAAACAACAGGGGUUAACUCCAGAUUCUAUCACUUAUGCAGUUCUUGAACGUUUACAAAGUGGUUCACACCGGAAAGUAAGAGUUCGCAGGAAGAAUCCAAUCACAGGUUGGGUUGUUAGCCCUUUAAGGUGAUGCCAGCAAUCUUUUAUACUGCUGGCAAAAGGUUGUAUCCAAUUUUUCGCAGUUGGGUUUGCUACCAAUUGAUCCAGACUCCAGAAUCAAUUUGGUAAAUCACAAUUAGAAAGGGCAAGAGUAGAAGACCUAUAUGCAAUUAUGCUUAAAUGCCUAACUUCUCUGGCCAUCUCUGAAAGGGCAAGAAACAAAUGUUGUAUGAUAUGAACUGAUUUUUUUCAGUCCUUUUUGUGGGCUGAUGUCCAAUGGGCUCAUUAUCCGUAGAAAGGUAUUACAUCCUAAAGAAGUUUGGUUGUCUUCUUGUAGGGCAACUACCCUCACAUAAGUUAUAACUGGUUGGCAUUAUUCAGAUACUUAUCGAUAAUAUGUGGCAUCUACACCUUGUGCUGUGCUGCAUAAUGGAAAUACUGGGGAAUUUUGCUUAUUUGCUGCAUGAUGAAGGCUGGAGGAUAUGAUUUAUUGUUGCCUCUGUAUUUUGGUUGGAUUUCAUGCUGAUUAAGAUCCGUUGCCUUAGUAGCUGCAGGAUGCAUUUGAGAACAUGGGUGAAUCAGCAAAUUGUUGUUAAAGCGGAAGAUUCUGUAAGUGCUACCCCUUAUCUAUUUCAAGAUGUGCCUAUAUUUUUUGCUUCUUUUUAUGAAAUAAAAGAAAAAAAAAU